CGCGCGAUGAUGGCGGCAGGAUCCAGCAAGUCGACGUCGGGAAGUACCUCCAGUUCCCACUCCAGCGUCGCCUCCCGAGACAGCCGUCGAGAAAGGUUGACGGAGUACCUCGCCUCUCGACGUGUAGAUGCCACCAAGUCGUCCACCAUCACGACGUCGCGUCCGACAAGCACGUAUCCCUCGACUGCCGGAGUCAGCAAAGUGACCAUGGAUCGACUGAACAGGACCAAGAUCAACGCAGCGCAACCAACCGCAGCUUCCUCGCGACAUGAGAAAACGGAUACGUUUGGCGAGUCCACAUAUUCCGCUGGUCCUCAACGAUCCACCAUGGAGGCCAAACCCACGGUUCCACCCACUCCAACACCCAAGCUGUCUGCACAUUCCACGUUUAGCGCGUUGAGGAAGUCGUCCAAGACGCAUGUCCCGACCGAACCCCCCUCCGCGUUUCCACCGCCGUCGUCGUCGUCCGUCCCCGCAUCCUCAUCCAGCGGCGGCUUUGACGACGACGAUUCGUUUGGACCGAUGAAGCUCACGUUCGAUUCGACGCCACCUCGCAAGCCAAAGUCGAGCCAGCCCCCCGGUCUCCUCUCGCACUUUAAGGCGAAGAAGACGCCCACGGGCGCAUCCGCCCAAAAGGCGCUAUCGUUCCACCCGCCUUCAUUUCCACGCGACGAAAACGAAACCGAGCGAGAGUUUUCUACUACUACUAGUAGUAGUAGUAGUACAGCUAGUACUAGUACUAGUACCACCACCACGCUCCACCACACGAUCCCGCCGUCAGCGCACUUCAAGCCCCAUGCCACCCCCAUGAAAGCUACCGCUAUCGCCUCCACGUCAUCGCACUUCAAAGCGCCCGCCGCCGUCGCGCCGUCCUCCCAUGCCUACCCUACCCAGGACGGCAUCGUCCAUCAAGUGCCAUCAUCGCACUUCAAGCAACCCGCACAAGAAGUUGCCCCCAUGUGCCAGGCUGGGGUGAUAGAUCUCAUGCAGAAACCCCAAGACAUCCCCAACACCAGCCCACCAUCCAAUGCCAAAACUACUAGCAACAUGCUGCGGAAAAGCCCCACCGUGAACUUGGACACUACUACUACUACUACUAGUAAUAGUAGCACUGUUGCUGGUACUAGUACCAACAACGACGACGUGCCCCCGUGGUUCAAGGCAGCACCUGUGGCGAUGGCUACUACUACUAGUAUUACUACUAGUACAGACCACCCAACGCCGUUUCCAUCUCGGUUGCAAGAGGCCCUCCGGCAGCACUUGGACGAAGCGAUCUACACGUCCAAGUUUUCGUUGGCAGGGGCCCGCGUCGUAUUUGCCGACAUUCCGACGCAUUUGCCCCUCGCGCCGGAAAAAGCCAUCUUUUGGCUCGCCAAAGCCAACGUCGAAGAGCAACACAAAGCGUGGACGACCGCGGCAGCCAUGUACACGGAAGCGCUGCAUGUGCUGAGUGUUCCGCUGGAGCGUUUGAUCGUGGAAGCGGCGUUCAUGGAGUUCCAAUGCCGCCUCAAGCUGACCAGUCCAUCUUCGCCUGUGAACAUUGUGGUGCCCAAUAUGAAAACCGAGCUCACGCCCGAAAAGCAGCGCGAGUUUUGCGCGCACUUGCUGGAAGGCGGCACGCACGAAGACAGUUUCAUCAUGGACGACCCCAGUGCAAGAUGGCUCCAUUAACAAGUGUCAAAUCAGUCUGCUUUGCGCUUCUUUUUGAGCUUUUUGAGCUUUUUUUGGGCGUUUUUGGCACGUUUUUUGUGUUUUUUGGCCGCUUUUUCGUCGCUUUCGUACGCUGGGGCGUUGUCUACCGAACACAUGCGAUCACCCACUUUGUCCAAGAUGGCUUGCGACUUGAGCGCCUUCCGCGCCGCCCAGAACUCGCGCUCGUGGACAUGAUCACUUGCCGUGAUGUCUCGCGAUGGCGGACGCCGGUCCUGGGAUCGUGAACGCUUUCUCGUGUCGAGUCGCUGCCUUUGUCGUCUAGGGUUGUCGUCGAGAUGCUGUUCCAACUGCCGCUUGCGAUAGCAUGCGUCCACUUCCUACAUGUAAUGUUAGCAACGGCAUGCAGCACGGAAUGGAA